AUGUUUCGUCUGCCACACGUGACUCGUACCAACGCGUCCGUCGAGGCGUCUCCCCGUUGUUGGCGCUAUUGUCUGCAUGUUGCCUACUAUGGCACUGACUUUGUGGGGUGGCAACGACAGCAACAAGAGGUGAAAAGCAGCUCAGGUCUUGACAGUGUCCAGGAAGUCGUAGAGGCGGCAGUGACUGAGACUCUAGGGGCUUCGCAGCGCGUGAACGUCACGGGGGUCAGUCGGACGGACGCAGGGACUCACGCACUAUACCAAAUGGGGUUCAUCCGCCUGGCCUCAGAGCUGCCGAUGUCGUUGCAACAACUAAAAGACGGGGUGAAUGCCAGGUUAGGAGAUGGUCGAGUGGUGGUGUUGGGUGUGACGAUCCCCACGACGGGACCGGCGCGGAUUCGGUCACGCUACAAGAAGUACAUUUACUACUUGCAACAAGGUGAUCGACCGGAUCUGGAGCUGGGCAAGUACUCUUGGUUCCUUGGUAGAAGACUGGACGUUCAGCGGAUACGUGACGCGCUCGAGUUCUUGGCGGGCACGCACGAUUUCCGGCCAUUCUCACAGGGACUUCAGAGGCCCAAGUUCAAGGAGAUGACGACUUUGCGCACGAUUGUUUCGAUCAAUGUCGUUGUCCGGCGGAACGUGCACUUUUCGCUCGAUCCCGCGGUGUGUGGGAGUGGUGAGAUCAUCGACGCGGCAGACAUGUACCGAGCUAUUCAAUCAAGCAAAGGCCUCACCGCCGAAACGCCCAAUAUGGGCGGAAGCAAAACGGCUGCAGUCGACGAGCUCGAGAAGCUGAAGGUCGAGCAAGCUAGAAGACGCGUGCCCGUACACUUUGUCUGCAUUGAGCUGGUUGCCAAUGGCUUCUUACGACACAUGGUACGACGCAUCAUUGGCACGUUGCGGCCAAUUGGUGAGGGUACCCAGCCACCUUGUCGCAUGCAGCAAGUGCUGACAGGUGAAGUCCCGCCCGGUCCAUCUGCGCCGGCGAAAGCUCUCUGGCUACAUCGCACGUGGCUCACGCAAGAGCAAUACGACUCAGAUCGCGCAGCUGAAGAGUAG